UGUAUCCAGAGUAAGUGCCCUUCCACCCCGUCCCACCUCCACCCUCCCCGCAUCCCAAUCAGGAAGGUCUCGUCCCGCUCCCUGUUCCCCAUUCGGCCCUUUCUUUUCACUCUUCUCUUCCAUCCCUGCCAUCCAUCUCCCACUCCUCUGGUCAGCGCGCCAGCCUUUCAACACUCUGCACACAGCAGCCUUUGGUUACCCGGUUCGUUCAGGUCCCAGAAUCAGUCUGUGCUCCAUCUGCGAUCACCUGCUUCUUCCUCCACCCCUUGCCUACAAAAGGAUCCACCUGUUUCUCUCCUUCCCCCUCUUCCCUACACAUCUUCUCCUGCACUCCGAGCUGACCAUCUUCAACCCCAACAGCUCUUCCUCCACCACAAGCAUGCCACCAGCAUCCCAGCCCGUAGCCCGUUCCGUCCACAACCCCCUCCUCUUUGAGUGUGCCUGGGAGGUAGCAAACAAGGUCGGCGGUAUUUAUACUGUCAUCAAGACCAAGGUCCCUGUGACUGUGCGAGAGUAUGGUGAUCGGUUAUGCCUCAUCGGUCCCCUCUCCUACAAGUCGGCUCCUGUCGAGGUCGAAGCCGAAGAGCCCGAGCCGGGACCUUUUGCCGAUACGCUCAAGUCUAUGCAGGAGCGUGGUGUCAAGCUUCUCUACGGUCGAUGGCUUAUUGAAGGUGCUCCCCGAGUCUUGCUCUUUGACACUGGAUCUUGCUACAACCGUCUCGACGAGUGGAAGACUGAUCUUUGGAACCUCGCCGGUAUCCCCUCCCCUCCCAACGACCACGAAACCAACGAGACCAUCGUCUUUGGCUACAUGGUAGCCUGGUUCCUCGGUGAAUUCGCAGCCCGCGAAACGUCCACCGCCCUCAUCGCCCAUUUCCACGAAUGGCAAGCCGGUCUCGCAAUCCCCCUCUGCCGCAAGAGGCAUAUCGACGUCACCACCAUCUUCACCACCCACGCGACGUUGCUGGGCAGGUAUCUCUGUGCGGGCAGUGUUGAUUUCUACAACAACUUGCAGUACUUUGAUGUCGAUCAUGAAGCGGGCAAGAGGGGGAUCUAUCAUCGAUAUUGUAUUGAGAGGUCGUCGGCGCAUUGUGCGGAUGUGUUUACGACUGUUAGUCAUAUCACUGCUUUCGAGUCGGAGCACUUGCUGAAGCGCAAGCCCGACGGUGUCCUCCCCAACGGUCUCAACGUCGUCAAGUUUGCUGCCAUGCACGAGUUCCAGAACCUGCACGUCCAGUCCAAGGAAAAGAUCAACGAGUUUAUCCGUGGUCAUUUCUACGGCCAUUACGACUUUGACUUGGAGAAUACGAUCUACAUGUUUACCGCUGGUCGAUACGAGUUUAGGAACAAGGGUGUUGAUAUGUUUAUUGAGGGUCUUGCUCGACUCAAUGCGCGCCUGAAGGCUAUGGGUUCCAAGACCACCGUCGUCGCAUUCAUCAUCAUGCCCGCCGCUACCAACUCUUACACCAUCGAAGCCCUCAAGGGCCAAGCCGUGACCCAACAACUCAAAGACUGCGUCGACCAAGUCACCUCCCGCAUCGGUAAACGCAUAUUCGAGCACGCCGCCCGUUAUUCCGGCGAACACGGCACCGAAGUGCCCAACGCCGAAGACCUCUUGUCGAACGAAGACAGGGUCUUGCUGAAGAGGCGCGUGUUUGCGCUCAAGAGGACGACGUUGCCGCCGAUUGUGACGCACAAUAUGGCGGACGAUGCGGCGGACCCGAUUUUGAACCAGUUGAGGAGGGUGCAGAUGUUUAAUAGGCCGGAGGAUCGGGUCAAGGUGAUCUUCCAUCCCGAGUUUCUGAACAGCAACAAUCCGAUUUUGGGGUUGGAUUAUGAAGAGUUUGUGAGGGGUUGUCAUUUGGGUGUCUUCCCUUCCUACUACGAGCCCUUCGGCUACACUCCAGCGGAAUGCACCGUCAUGGGUAUCCCCAACAUCACCACCAACCUCUCCGGUUUCGGCUGCUUCAUGGAAGACCUCCUCGAGUCCCCCGAAGACUAUGGCUGCUACAUUGUCGACCGCCGCUCCCAAGGCGUCGAAGAAUCCGUCAACCAACUCACCGACCAGCUCCUGGCCUUCUCCACCAAAUCCCGGCGCCAGCGCAUCAACCAGCGCAACCGCACCGAGCGCCUGUCGGAGCUGUUGGACUGGAAGUCGCUCGGGCUCGAGUAUGUCAAGGCGCGGCAGCUGGCGUUGAGGCGGGCGUAUCCGGAUGCGUUUGCGGAUGAUGAGCCGGACUUUACGGGGGUGCAGAGGGUGCCGUUGAGUGCGCCGGCGAGUCCGAGGAUGAGGGGCGCGGGGGUGUCGGGGUUGAUGACGCCUGGGGACUAUGCGACGUUGACGGAGGAGAUGGAGCAUCUCACUACGCAGGAUUACAUGGGUGCCAAGAGCUGGCGUGGAAUCAAUGAUGACGACGAUGAGAACCACUAUCCGUUCCCGCUCGUGAUGAAGCCGCGAAACCGCUCCGACUCGCUUGCGAGCGCGAUUUCGGGCACUGCUACCCCUGCGGGCGGGAGGAGGCUGUCGGAGAAGGAUUUGGAGAGGGCUGAUCAGGUAUUGAGCCAGGUCAAUGGGCAUUAGCCGCCCCCCCCUCCCCAUUCAUCCCGUCUGGUUAUUGGAACAAUCAUUUUCUUUCCUUUAUUGCAUUUUGAAAUCAUCAAAAGAUUCUCUUCCCUCUUUUCAUGAACCGCCGACGACAUUUCAUUACUUUUGUCUAUUCAAACAAAAAACCAUGUCUGUUCAUUAAUCGGAAUUUCUUUUCCUUCAUUUGUACGUAGCCGUUGUGGAAAAUAUAUAAGAGAAACAAAAGACAUACGAGUUGUUAAAGCUGUGUAUGUGCUCGAGCUUGUGGAAAAUAUGAAUAUACUAUGCAAUCCAUUGGUCGUUUGUCACGAACA